AUGUCACAAGCAGCUCCGACGGUAACUCCUCUGGAGAUCUCCCUGCCGCCAGCACCAUCCUCAUCGACACCUUUAUCCAAAUUCAGCGCACUUUACCAGAACCCCAUCACACGCAGCCUCACAAGUGUCUACGAUGCAUUUCACAAGAGGCGGGCGGAGCUUAACCUAUCCAACCCGGGCACGGUUGAGGGCAUCGCGAAGGAGUGCCAACGUGAAGUCUUCCUGACAAACUACAUGCACACCGGCCUGCGCGCCGACCUUACCAAGGCCUUCAGCAUGUCGCCACUCUUCCAAGUGUCCCAUCAGUUUGCCAUCGGCGAACGUCUAACGCCCUACGCAUUUGCUGCUCUGUUCGGCACCAACAAUGUAUUCUUGCAAGGAAGCAUGGAUAAUGAUGGGUUAUUAUCGACGCGAUUUAACUACCGAUGGACGCCGGCGCUCGUGACCAAGACACAAUUCCAGAUAGGGUCUCAGGACAUGGCUUCGAUCGAGCACGAGUACGUCGGCGCUGACUUCACGUCGUCGCUGAAGAUGCUGAAUCCUUCGUACCUCGAGGGUGGCCUGACGGGUAUUUUCAUUGGAAGCCAUCUGCAAUCUGUCACCUCAAAGCUCGCCCUUGGGGCCGAAGCCAUGUGGCAGCGCGCUGCCAUGAACCAGCCUCCUGAGUCAGCAUUGUCAUACGCGGCAAGAUACAAGUCCGAUGACUGGAUUGCUUCGCUCCAGCUGCAGGCUCAAGGUGCCUUGAAUGCGACAUACUGGCGCCGCUUGUCGGACAAGGUCCAGGCCGGUGUCGACAUGACUCUCUCAAUUGUUCCUGGCGCUGGCGGCAUGAUGGGCGCAGGCUGGCAGAAGGAGGGCAUCACCACCAUUGGUGCCAAGUAUGACUUCCGCAUGUCGACUUUCCGAGCUCAAGUCGACUCCACAGGCAAGCUGAGCUGUCUGCUGGAGAAGCGAGUGGCCCCGCCCGUCAUGAUGUCAUUCGGCUGUGAUGUCGACCAUGUGAAGCAACAAGCUAGGGUUGGACUUGGUAUCACCAUCGAGGCCGGUGGCGAGGAGUUGCAAGAGCAACAGGAGGCCAUGGGUGCCGCAGCGUCUCCCAACAUCCCGUUCUAG